CCAUCCCAGGUGUUUCUUUUCUUACCACCUUAAUUGACUCGCCCACCCCGAGUUUGGAGAUAUUCUUGGUUCGAAUCCAUCUUAUAAUAACCUACUUCUCCCCGGGCCACCGGCAGAGCUUCCAACAUGGACCACCAGCAACAGCCACAGUACCACCAGCAGCAGUACCAGCAGCAGCCGCAGCAACAACAGCAGUUCGCUCCGCAGCAGCAAUACGUUGAUCCAAACCAGCAGUACCAUCAACAGCAGCAGUACCAGCCGCCGCCGCAGCAGCAGCAGCUACAUCAUCAGCCAACAAUGGACCCCAACCAGCAGCAGCAGCAGCAGCAGUACCAGGCCCAGCCGCAGAUGAUGAUGGCUGCCCCUCCUCCCCAGGACCAGGAGUGGAACGCCAGCUUCAUGUCAUGCUCGCCCUGCGACGGCUGUCUGCUGGCGACGUGCCUGCCGUGUAUCCUGGUGGGCAAGACGUCGGAGCGCAUGGCCGACCCCUCGCUGUCGAGGUACGAGGUCUUCAACCCGGAGUGCCUGAUCAUGGGCGGAAUCACCUGGAUCGGCCUGGGCUUCGUCUACGCCAUGAUCAAGCGCGUCGAGGUCCGCGAGAGGUUCGGCAUCAAGGGCAGCGGCUUCGGCGACUGCUGCGCUGCCUACUGGUGCCCGUGCUGCGUCGUGCUCCAAAACGACAACGAGGUCAGGUCUCGUGUUGGCGAGCCCGGGGUCCCCGUCCCCGUCGCACAGGGCUACCAACAGAACCCUGGAAUGGGGAUGCCCUCGCCGCCGCCCCCCGGCAAGAACUGAUUGGCCAAGACAUUGUUCUGCAUUGUCGACGCCGUCAUCUUUUUAUCCUUUAAUUGUUUAGAUUUUGUGAUACCAUUGAACCGUCGGGGCUAGCUGCACCCGCACCAGCACCCAGGGGCUGGGUUUCUUUUUUUGUUGUUUUGUAUCACCCAGAACGACAUGGCUUGAGAUAUCUAGUUUACAGCUACAAUAUAAUGGUGUUGGGAACAAAGACCUACAAGAAACCUUGGGCAUUCUUCUCCAGCUCGACCGUUCGAACGUGUCCCAGAUGAGCCGAAAGCUG